CAGCCCCCAGCAACGCAGUAGCUAUAUCAUAUGACUCAAAGCGUUCCGACUUCAUUCACUACGGAGAUCACAGUCUUCAGCGGGCCCGCUUUGAAGGGAUCCAAUAGGCUACAAAAACCGUUUGAUAAGAACAACCGGGACAUGCGGACGGCUUGACAUUCUUUUUGACCUAUUCUCCACUUGCUGAUAUAAACAGGACAUAAAGUUGAUAUUUUUGGAAGUCUCCCAUAAAUGUAUGGAUAGUGAAAUAUUAUAUUCUCAGAUAAUUGUAUCGACAUGCAUAAAGGAUUAAAACACUUAAAUGUUCCACUGCGAGACGUCUUCACUUCAAGUGGAUUAUAGCUUGUUCGACAAAAUGAUUACAUUUCUCACAUCUGGAAGUUCUUAUAAGGAUAGAUAACUCUUGUCUCAGGUGCCGUAACACCGACCCAUCUCCUGCUCCUGUGUUGCUUCUUUGGCCAAAAGCGGAAUAGGACACCCAACUGACUUCAAUAAACGUCAGUAUUAAAUGUAAACCUAAAUGAACACCCAAUAAAGUCCCACUGUUAGCCUCGCCAUGUUGCCUAUAAUAGCCAAAUAAUUCGGACUACCGGCUGUAGACUCGUGGAGGUAGCGUUUCCACCCGAGGGAUGGUACUGGAUUCCCGUGGUUUGGGAGCGACGCCUCAGCUCCUGGUUCUGGGACGGUGUUGGUGGAACUACUGGAACUUUCUCUCGUUCUGGAGCCCAACGGACCUGAAGGGAGAUGAGAGCCGCUUUUCUGAGCUUCCUCCUCGCCUGCUUAUUGUGCCUGUUACGCACCGCCGCUGAGGAGGACCCACUCCCCCGGGAGCUGUUGGAGCGGCUGUCCCGCAGUGAGAUCCGCAGCAUCAGCGACCUCCAGCGGCUCCUGGAGCUAGACUUGGAAGAGAAUGAGGUGAUCGGGGAGAACAAACAGAGGUACCACAACAAGGCCUUCUCCCACAGCUACUCACAGCUGAAGAGCUCUCAGACACACUCCAGGCACAAGAGGAGCAUCGGUAAGUGUGUGUGUGUGUGUCUUUGUGGUUGAGUUCAUGCAUACCUGUGGAAUUUGUGUGUGUGUGUGAGAGAUAGAGAGAGAAUGUGUGUCUGUUUGAGUAUUUGCCUCUCCGUCUAUAUCCCAUCUACUGUAUGUCUACGUCUACGUGUGUGUCUCUCUGUGUGUCUCUGUGUCUCUGUGUGUGUCUCUGUGUGUGUAUGUCUCUCUGUGUGUGUAUGUC